ACGGCGCAGAGCGCGGACUGCUGCACGCAGGGUCAAAGGCGGCGUUGUCGCCCUGGAGACGGCUUACCAGCUGCCCGCGGCUACCGACUCAGCUUUCUUUGCGGAAAACGCGGAACCAAGAAGCUGAGGCUAUGUCGGUUGCCGCCACCUUCCCUAAGCACACGUCCUUCUCUAUGCGCGCAUCCUUUGCUCCAGCGGACGGCUUGCCUGAGACUGAGAACAACGCUGGGGAGCCGGAGAAUACCUAUAUUCUGCGGCCCAUUUUCCAGCAAAGGUUCAGACCCUCUGUGGUUAAAGACUGUAUCCAUGCUGUACUCAAGGAGGAACUGGCCAAUGCUGAAUACUCUCCAGAAGAAAUGCCUCAGCUCACAAAACGUUUAUCAGAAAAUAUUAAAGAUAAAUUAAAAGAAAUGGGAUUUGACCGAUAUAAAAUGGUGGUACAAGUAGUGAUUGGAGAACAAAGAGGAGAAGGUGUAUUCAUGUCUGCUCGCUGUUUCUGGGAUGCUGACACUGACAACUGUACUCAUGAUGUUUUCAUGAAUGACAGUUUAUUCUGUGUUGUAGCGGCAUUUGGCUGUUUCUACUAUUGAAUCUUUGAAAGCUGGAAAAAGAUACGACUAUGAAGAAAUAUGAACUUUCUUACAUUGUUAAAUAUCUUGACAAAAUAAAGUGAACAGUUUGGCAACUGA